GAGGGCGUCGUGAGCUGCGGGCACACAGCUGGCCUGUCUGCGGGAGGAUGGCCAGUGUCUCCAAGGGACCUUCCUAGUGGUCAGUGAGGAGCAGCUGUUCCCUCCUCCUCCAUUUUCCUUUGCUGGGUUCUGGGACUGAAAUUCACCACCACUCCCCACACCCUGUGAGGUAAAAGUGGUAAGUGAGCUGUAGCCCUGGGUAAAUUCUGGAAGUGAUGAAAUUGAAAAAUUGGAACUUUAAAGUCAACCAUUAAAAUAGGGAAGCCAUUUUCCGCUUAGAUUUUCAAAGAGAAAAUCAGGAGGGAGAUAAACAGAAAUGCACAAAAUUUGGUGCCCCAGAGCUGCCUUUCUGCCGGAGAAUCAUGUCCCUUGUCCUGCUGAGCUGUGUCCUUCACAGAGAGGGUGUGACCUGGGGUUGGUACAGAAUAGAGAAGAAAAACAGGACAGAUAAGUAUUCAGGCCAAUAAAGACAGAGACUCCCUGAGCACGGAACUGGUCUGCGGUGAGUUGUCAGCUGCAAGAAGACUGUCGUUCUUUUUUCUUAGCAAACUCUCGCUUCUCUCAUCCAAGGCACCCUUGCCCUGCAUGGACAAUUCUGGCUGAGUCUUGAAACGUACACUCAUGGUUCAGGGGACCGUGGCUGAGCUGGGAUGACACCGAAUCCCCUUGACCAAACUUCGGUCUUAUCUGAGCCAUCUUUUUCAUGAGGCCUUGAACUUGUCACCCUCCUCCCUUGCAGAGCCCAAUUUUAGCCAGAAUCCUGCUUAGUCAGUUUCAGGAGUAUUCUCCCAUCCUUAAUAUCUGAUCACCCUUGAUGUCCAUUCAGAUUCCUCAUCUGUCACCUUCAGUGUGUAAGUCCUUGCCUUGUUCAGAAUCCCUGUUAAGUGGGUUUAUCAAGAAUCCUCUACACUUGAUUCUCCUCUUAGUGAUUUUCCAUUCACUGACCCCGAGGAACUUUGCUCCUUGGCUACAAAUCCUUAGCUAUCUUUGCUGUACUACAGAGUUGAGUCCAAUCUCUUUCCCCUGUUGGGAUGCCCUCGUUGCAAUAGCCUUGAAUAGUCUUUCUUAUCUUUUUAACAAGCGUCUGUGUAAUUUCUUUCUUUAAAAGCUUGGUACACCAAACAGGAGCCUGACUCCUAAACCACCUUGUUCGGGGUAGUCUGACGUUGUUUGGAGUAUAACCUGAUUUGGAAAUGACAAGUGACUGAGGUGAGUGCCUGCAGGACCAAGUGGCAUUGCCUCACGGUGGAAGCAGCUGAAAACCUUGUGAAGUGCUAACCUUUUGAGCCAAGGCCCUUGCCAAAGCAGCUCUAGUUCGAGGUUCCUCUAGGGAGGCGUCGAGCAGCCCCGGCCGCGUAGGAGGCGCUGUCAGACGCUCAUUGCCGCUCCGAGCUGCCGCUGGGAGAACUCUGGCCUCGGCUUGCUGGCGGGAGGGCCUGGUAGCAUCCUCCUCCUUCAGACCCUCACUCUCUGGAAGCUUCCUAGCCCCUGGGCAGCCUGCGGGGAGGGCGGCGGCAGCAGAUGGCUGGACACUGCACAAGCGGGGCGACCCGCUCCCCGAUAUUUCCAGGAGAGGCUGCUGCCCGCUGCCUGAUUUCUAAUUUCAAAAUCACGCGUUGUCCUGCAAAUGUUGUAUAUUGUCUAUUUUUGGUCAAAGAACCCCAUGAAUACAUAAAUAAAUAAUUGGUUACUUGCAGCAAUCGUGGGGGAGGGCACAGCGCCCUGCUGCUGCAGGCGACGAAAGGUGGCAGAGGCAGCGGGGCGCAGACCACGUGGAAGCUGAGCCACCGACUCCCACGGCCUGCGCCUUCCCCCAGAAGGACGCAGUGCACUGAUUGGCCCGGAAGGGUUCAGGAGCUGCCCACCCUUUGGGCUUGGGGCCAAAGGCCAAACCUCCCCCAACCCGCGGCCCGGGGCAACCAGUGCGCUCCUGGCCCCGCCGCCGCCACCUCGCCGAGGAGCCAGCCAUGAGCGCCACGGGCUCCUCCGCGCUGGCCCGCUUUUUCCUCCUAGCGCAGCUCCGGCCCGGGUGGCUCCGGGUCGCCGCGCUGGGACUGGCAGCUGUGGCCCUGGGGGCUGUCGCCUGGCGCCGCGCUUGGCCCAGGUGGCGGCGGGGGCGGCGGCUGCAGCAGGUGGGCACCGUGGCGCAGCUCUGGAUCUACCCGGUGAAAUCCUGCAAGGGGGUGACGGUGAGCGAGGCGGAGUGCACGGCCCUGGGGCUGCGCAGCGGCAACCUGCGAGACAGGUUUUGGCUUGUGAUCAACCAGGAGGGAAACAUGGUUACUGCCCGCCAGGAACCUCGCCUGGUCCUGAUUUCCCUGACCUGUGAAGGUGACACCCUGACUCUCAGUGCAGCCUACACAAAGGACCUGCUACUGCCAAUCAAAACGCCCACCACGAAUGCGGUGCACAAGUGCAGAGUACACAGCCUGGAGAUUGAGGGCAGGGACUGCGGUGAGGCCGCCGCCCAGUGGAUAACCAGCUUCCUGAAGUCACAGCCCUACCGCCUGGUGCACUUCGAGCCUCACAUGUGGCCGAGACAUCCUCACCAAACAGCAGACUUGUUCCGGCUCAAAGACCAGCAGAUUGUUUACUCUGACGCCAGUCCAUUCAUGAUCCUUUCCGAGGCGUCGCUGGCGGAUCUCAACUCCAGGCUAGAGAAGAAAGUUAAAGUAACCAACUUCAGGCCCAAUAUUGUAAUUUCAGGAUGCCACGUCUAUGCAGAGGAUUCUUGGGACGAGCUUCUUAUUGGUGAUGUGGAACUGAAAAGGGUGAUGGCUUGUUCCAGGUGCAUUUUAACCACAGUGGAUCCAGACACCGGUGUCAUGAGCAGGAAGGAGCCGCUGGAAACGCUGAAGAGUUAUCGCCAGUGUGAUCCUUCAGAACGAAAGUUAUAUGGAAAAUCACCACUCUUUGGGCAGUAUUUUGUUCUGGAAAACCCAGGGACCAUCAGAGUGGGAGACCCCGUGUACCUGCUGGGCCAGUAAUGGGAACCGUAUGUCCUGGAAUAUUAGACUCCUUUUUAAAGUGCCCUUAAAAAUGACAACACUUGAAGCAUGGUGUUUCAGAACUGAGACCUCAACAUUUUUUUUAAAUUCGUGAUUUCCACAUUUUUCUCUUUCGGACUUCUUGCAUCUCAAUGGCUUCAAUGUCCCAAUACACAAAGCAAAGGAUUAUAGUCUCAAUAACUUAGUAGGACUUCAGGGAGUCACUUAAGUGAUGAGAUAACAUUCUGAUUAUGUGAUUAUUUAACUGUGAUUAUGGAGUAGUUCUUUCUCCUGCGUCUCCAUUUAUCUACCAAGAAUGCAGACCUUCAUCCUGUCACUACCACUCGUUAGGGAAAGAGAGGAAGAGAAAGGGGAAGAGUGGGUGGGCCGGAAGAAUGUCCUAGAAUGUGUUUUUACCCCUGUGCAUGAGGUAUGCAAUGAAAAUUAGCUCCCCAGAUAUGGGUGGAAUGUCACUUCCCUCUUCUUCUCAAGCCCUGGGCUAGAUUUUGAGAUGGCAAUAAAGAACCGAGCUUCAGGAAGCACUGCAGAUACUGAUUUUCCACAGAUCCUGGAUCUGGCGCUGCUGCUCCUCAGACAGCCUCGGGUUUCCUAAAGGUGCUCAGGAGGGUGGCUGUGUAGUCACAAAGCCUCCUGGAUCCUUGCCGUUGCCCUCAGCUCAUGCCUGUGCUCCUUCUCCAGUUCAGGGUGAAAGCUCUGAAGUCUGCAGAGGAGAAGAACAGGGAUUUGGUGAUUUGAAAUAGACAAUUGAAGACCUCUAAAGUAAGAAAAGGAAAGCCUAUGUCAGUUUGUUUAAAACCCAGUGUCUAUUAUUUUAACUGAUUGUAUAACACUAAGAUCUGAUGAAGUGUGUCUUUUAUUGCCAUUUUGUCCUUUGAUUGUACUGGGAAGUUGACGAAACUUGAAAAAUGUUUUAAAAACUGUGAAUAAAUGGAAGCUACUUUG